AUGUCAGCAGGAAAUACCAGUAGCACCUGUACCGGGAAAAAUUGUUGUAUAUUCAACUCAACUGAAUGGAAUAAGACACUUGACUUACCUAGUCUAGUUCUAAUAGAAAUCAGUCUAAUAUUGGCAUUCAUCAUAAUACUCAGCAACGCAUUACACACUGCAUCUACAAGGAAUACCAUCAUCAUAAUUUUGACCUUGAUUUUGAUGAUUAUCGGUGUUGUAAUAUUGACUAUACGUGGUGAUUGGUAUGAACAGGUCAUUACGGCAAUUGUGCCACUGGUAGUAUUGAUAUUGGCCUCUAUAUUGGGUGAAAGGAUGAUAGGGUCAGAAGGAAAAUGGAGGAAAAUAUUAUUUAUAGUUUGCUGUGCAUUAGUUGCAGUUGGAAUUGUCUGCAGCAUUUUAUGUAUAAUAUGCAAGAAUACAUGUAAGGUAAGUUGUCUUGAAUUAUCAACAUAACGGAAGUGAUUAC